AUGUCCCGCUUGCUCUUCGUCACCCUCCUCGCCGUCUCCCUGGCGUCCGCCUCGCCGCUCUCCACCUCCCAUGGCACGCCCCGCGACGUCUUCGCCACGAACCUCGCCCCCCUCGUCCACGAGCAGCACCCGCACGGGACCGUCAACGGCUCCUACAUCAUCGUCCUCAAGGAUGGUGUCGAGCCCUCGCUCGUCGCGAACCACCUCAACUUCGUCCAGAACGUGCACGCCGCCGACCCCGCUGCCGACGCGUUCGCCGGCCUCACCCACGUCUACCAGACCCACCUCAAGGGCUACGCCGGCCACUUCUCCGACCUCGUCCUCGACCACAUCCGCUCCAUGCCCGAGGUCGACUACGUCGAACGCGACCAGAUCGUCCGCACGCUCGAGGUCGAGCGCCUCGCCGCGUUCGAGGCGGAGCACACGACCCAGAGCAACGCUCCCUGGGGUCUUGCCCGUGUCAGCCACCGCAAGAAGCUCUCGUUCGGCACGUUCAAGAAGUACGUGUACGACGCUGAUGGCGGCGACGGUGUGGACGUCUACGUCAUUGACACUGGUAUCAACGUGAAGCAUGCCGAAUUCGAGGGUCGCGCAUCUUGGGGCAAGACCAUGCCCGCUAACGACGUUGACGAGGACGGCAACGGUCACGGUACUCACUGCGCGGGUACCAUCGCCUCGCGCAAGUACGGUGUCGCGAAGGCUGCGAAGGUCAUCGCUGUCAAGGUCCUUGGCAGCAACGGGAGCGGCACCAUGUCCGACGUCAUGGGCGGUGUUGACUGGGCUGCAGGAGAGGCGCAGGCCAAGGCCAAGGCAGCGGCUGAGGAGUUCAGGAAGACUGGUCGGUCUUCGCACAAGGGUUCGGUCGCGAACAUGUCGCUUGGAGGUGGCAAGUCACGCGCGCUCGAUGACGCUGUCAACCGUGCUGUCCGUUCGGGCAUGCACUUCGCCGUCGCCGCUGGCAACGAUAACCGUGAUGCGUGCAACAACUCCCCCGCUGCCGCAGAGGAGGCUAUCACCGUCGGCGCGUCGACUCUCGGCGACGAGCGCGCGUACUUCUCGAACCACGGCCCGUGCGUCGACGUCUUUGCCCCCGGUCUGAACAUUCUCUCGACCUACAUCGGCUCGAACACGUCGAUCACGACCAUGUCUGGCACCUCGAUGGCCUCGCCCCACACCGCCGGUCUCCUCGCGUACCUCCUCUCGAUCUAUCCCUCGAAGGAUUUCAACCCGGCGCUCCGUCCCGACCUCGUCCCCACACUGUUUGCCCACCUCGCGCCGACGACGCCCUCGGCGCUCAUGCGCUCAUACUCGCUUGUCUACGCGUCGCUCCCCGAGUGGGCCUCCGCCGACGACGACGCGUUCGCGCCGAUCCCGGUGCCGGUGCUCACGCCGAAGCAGCUCAAGCUCGCGCUGCUCGCUCUCGCGACCGAGAACGCGCUCAUCGACGAGCUUCCCGCCGGCACGCCGAACUUGCUCAUCUUCAACAACGCGACAGCCUGA